AUGAGGUGGUUGUAUGUUUGUUUAUCGAUUUUGUUGUCGUCCAGUAAUGGUUUAAGUAAUAGCUUCAGUCUUUUUUUCUUUUCCUCCGUUGGGUCUUUUUUGAGUACUUCAUAUGUGUUUGGGUCCGUGAGCAUUUCAUUCAUUUGUUUUUCAUAUUGAGUAGUGUCCAGGAUAACUGUAGUCCUCCCUUUGUCAGCCGGUAGUAUUGUUAUUUUGUUGUUCUUUGCGAGUGUCCUGAUGGCGUAACAUCAGCUGAUAAGGCACGUAAUGUAACAUCAGCUGAUAAGGCAUGUCACCACCUGACAUCUGGUGACAGUUCUGAGGAAGGCGGAAGUUUCAUGCUGAAACCGUCAACAAGUGCACUGGGACCUGUUACAGCAAUUCGACUGGAUGGAAAUGGGUACACUGAUAUUCUCAUUGUUAUCAACCCACAGGUGCAAGAGAAUGAAGAACUGAUCAAUCAGACCAAGGAAAUGAUCAUCAAUGGAUCAAAUUAUCUAUUUGAAGCUUUAGACCACAAGGUGUUCUUCAAGGAGGUGAAAAUACUCGUCCCAUCAAACUGGACAACAGGAAAGUAUGAGAGAGCAAGUAAUGAAUCCUAUGAAAAGGGCAGAAUAAGAAUUGACAACCCACAUCCUUCAUUUGGUGAUGAUCCAUACACUCGUCAGACCAAAGGCUGUGGAGAGGAGGGUGAAUACAUUCAUUUCACACCAAACUUCUUGUUAAACAAUGAUCUCAUCCAAGUAUAUGGACCUCGAGGACGGGUUUUUGUGCAUGAAUGGGCUCAUCUCAGAUGGGGGGUAUUUGAUGAAUAUAAUAAGAAAGAACCCUUCUAUGAGAAGCUUGGUGAAAUUCUACCAACAAGGUGUACUGAUAAGAUUUCUGGCCAAUGGCAUGAAAUUAUUAAUCAACAAGCUCGACCUUGCCGGGUCGUUGCAAAUGGCAAAGCAACAUCCAGCUGUGAAUUCUUUCCAGAUAAAGUGCAAAAGACAAAUGCCUCAAUAAUGGACCUACAAAGUUUAGAGUCUGUAAAAGCAUUUUGUCAAGAAGGGGAACACAACAUUGAAGCCCCCAAUGAGCAGAAUAUGAAGUGUUCAAACAAAGCAACACAAACAGUCAUCUUUCAGGAUUCCGUGGACAAAGAUGCCCUACAAAAUCUAACGCGUCUUCCAUCUGCACCACCAAUUCCAACAUUCAAAGUCAUACAGAGGGGACCUCGGGUCGUCUGCCUCAUCCUUGAUGUCUCAGGAAGCAUGAGCGGUUCAAAAAUAAAAAACCAACGCCGAUCUGCCACAGUUUUGUUAAACCAGUGUGUACAAGAAAAAGAGACUGUGGGGAUUGUGACAUUUAGUUCUGAUGCUCAAGUACUAAGCAACUUGACUUUAAUAGAUGGACAGGCUUCAAGAGACAGUCUAAUAAACAAGUUGCCAACAGUUGCAGGCGGAGGUACUGAAAUCUGUAAAGGCCUCAGAAAAGGCUUAGAGCUUCUUCGAUCAAAUGAUAAUGCAUCAAAUGGAGAUGAAAUAAUUUUUCUGACAGAUGGGAUAGCAAAUGAUGAUGUUGGAGCUUGUUUACAGGAAGCUAUUGACAGUGGUGCAAUCAUUCACACUAUAGCAUUUGGCCAAUCUGCCGACCCGGUACUGAAAACCAUGGCAGAGAAAACAGGGGGAGAAUUUAAAGUAGCAAAUGAGUCUGUAGUUUCCAACGAGCUUCUGGAUGCCUUUUGCUCAAUUACAAUGUUUGAUGGGAAUCCAAUCGCUCAGCCCAUUCAGCUUGAAAGCACUGCAAAGAAUGUUGCAGAUUGGUUUAAUGGAACAGUUCCCAUUGACCGGACUAUAGGAAAUAACACCGCCUUUACAAUCACCCAUGAAAGAAGUGCACCCACUGUGUACAUAAAGUCACCAAGUGGUUUGGUUUACGACCAGAGAAACACCUCUAGCAUUGGUAGUACAAUCACUUUUACUGUUCCAGGAACUGCAGAGCCUGGAGACUGGAAAUACAGCUUCCUCAAUAAUGAAUCAACUGCUCAGGCAAUAGGUUUAAUCGUAAUGAGUCGAGCGGCCCGUGAAGAUGUUUACCCAGUCACAGUUACAGCCAGAAUGAACCAACAGACCAGUGAUGGCACCAAACCCAUGGUCGUGUUGGCUGAGGUCAGUCAGAAUUAUAAUCCUGUGGUGGGGGUCACUGUUUGGGCGAACCUGACGUCAGAUACUGGGCACUCAGUACAACUGGAGCUACUUGAUAACGGAGCAGGAGCUGAUGCUUUCAAAGACGAUGGUGUCUAUUCCAGAUAUUUUACAAAAUUAAAACUUGGAAAAUACAGUCUGAAAGUGAGAGUGGAAAAUCAACGUGGAGGAGUCCAACUUUCCUCACGCACACACAGUGGUGCUCUGUAUGUCCCUGGAUAUAUUGUGGACGGUAAAGUGGAAUUAAACCCUCCGAAGCCUACAAUAAAUGUGCCACCAGUAGAUGUGGGAAGCUUCACCAGAACUACAACUGGGAAGAGUUUUGAGGUGGAAGCAGAUGGACCUUCAAACUUUCCUCCAAACAAGAUCACAGAUCUGACUGCGGAAAUACAGGAGGGCAUCGUGCUUCUCAACUGGACGGCUCCUGGUGAGGAUUUUGAUGAGGGAAAAGCGCAAUCCUAUGAAAUCAGAUGGAGUGGAGAUUUGAAGACACUUCAAAAUAACUUCAACAGCACAAAUCUGGUGAACACUUCAGCACUUGUGCCUCAAGUGUCAGGAUCAGCUGAACAUCACUCUUUCAAGCCUAAUAUUACAAUUAAAAAUGGCAACACAGUUUUCGUUGCUGUUCAGUCACUGGACCAACAGUCAGCAAGGUCAGAGAUAUCAAACAUUGCUCGAGCAAAAAGUGAUACCCAAAGUCUCAGACCCUCACCCACUAACCCUACUCCUACCCCUGCCCCUACUCCUGCCCCUACUCCUGCCCCUGCCCCUACCCCUGCCCCUACUCCUACCCCUGCCCCUAAUUCUAAUCCAAGUCUGAAUGUGAAUGCGAUCAUCAUCAUCUCAGUCUGUGUGGUGACCAUCGUUGCAUGUUUUUGAGCUGUGGUCAUCACAUAGACACCGAAACAAAAAAAUUAUGAUUAGUCCCUAGUUUAAUAGAACAAGGUCUACACCAAGACUACAAGCUUAAACAUUCUAUUCUGAUUUAUUCCUCAAAUAUUAUUUUUUUAAAUUUUCCUUUGAAUUUAAUUUGUUAGAACCCCAAUUCCAAAAAAAUUAGGACACUGUGUAAAACAAAAACAGAAUGUGAAGAUUUGCAAAUAUCAUAGAAACCCUACAUUUCACUGAAAAUAGUACAAAGACAACAUGUCAAAUGUUGAAACAGAGAAAUUUUAUUGGUUUAUGAAAAAUAUAUGCUCAUUUUUAAAUUUAAUGUCUGCAACGUUUCAAAAAAAAGUUGGGACAGGGGCAAAAGACUGAAAAAGUUGUGUGAUGCUCAAAAAAAACCCCCCACUAAUUUGGUUAAUUCUUCACACACACACGAGAAAAUACAUACUUUGUCUAUAAAUUCUGUAAAUCUAGUAAUAAUAGAGAAACCCAAUGGACAUGUUGCUGUCUCACUGUACUGGUGAAUGUAAAAGUGCAUGCGCACACACACAAAACUGUUAAAACUGAGGUAUCAUACGUUGCUCGAGCAACAAAUUAUGCUCCAAGUCCCAGACCCCCACCCAUUAACCCUACUCCUAACCCUGACUCUAAUCAAAGUCUGAAUGUGACUGCCAUCGUCGUCUCAGUCUGUGUGGUGAACAUAGUGGCAUAUGUUUUAGCUGUGGUCAUCGGGCACUUAACUGAUCAUAACUCCGAUAUACUUGUUGUACAAAUCAAUUAAUAAUAAUAAUAAUAAUAAUAAUAAUAAUAAUAACAACAACAGUAAAAUUGAUCAUUCUAAAGAAAUAAUAGAAAUAAACAAACAGGUUGUUUAAUGAUUUAAUGGCUGCUCUAUUUCAUUAAAUUAUUUAAUAAAAGGGGGAAAAAAAGAAACAGUUUAAUGACCAGUAACAUUAACACAAGCAUAUUAAGCAUACCAUGUACACAGUGACCUGCACAAGUAUUCACUUCUCUUGAGCUGGGAUUAUGUUAUAGAUUUAUUUAAAUGUUGGGAGAGGGUUCUCACUGGGUUCUCUGUUCCAUUUCAUUAAUUAUUUAAUAAAAAGAUAUAAAAUUCAUCUCAUUGCAAA